AUGUCCACUCAGGAGGUUCCGGUAGAAACGCCUUUCCUCGACAUGAACAUUGACAAGCAACAUGGCCCUGUGCACGUUCACAGUGCGACCGCUACAAUCACCAGGAUCGCUAAGAGCCCACCGUCCAAGGGUUUCACCACGAAGGUCAUCAGGGUCGUGAUGUCAUGCACCGGCAACAUUGACACCGACACCAUUCUCAUCGAGAACUCCGAUAUCCUUCGCAUGUUUGUUGAGAAGGACGGAAAAAUAGUCAUCAGUUUCACGCAGCUUCCCAUGAUGAUACCGAUCUGGAAGUUGGAACCUGCUGGCCCAAUGCCGGACAACAUGGGUGAAGAGGACACCGACGAGGACCUCCAGAUGCGAAGGAAUGCUUGGAAAACCUGUCGACUUGUAUGGGGGCGCCAUGCGGGACUUGAAGAGCUGAACAGGCGAGCAGCUGUGACUAUGCGUGCGAUGCAGAAGCAGGACGAGCUUGCUGCUCAAGCUGAUAAUGCUUCCAAGAAUUCCCGUCGCGUUCCAAACCAGGCAUUUCUGUCCGCCCCGACAACGAUGACACGUCCUAUGCGUAUCGGUGGUCAUACACUACUACAGCCAGAGGACGUCGAAGGGCAUUGGAGCGAUGCAGAGGAAGAGGUUGCGGGCCAGACUGCUGGCGACUCUACAUCGACCGGAACACGCAAGCCCGGGUCUGAAGACCUUGCAGCCUUGGUCCGGCGUCGCCAGGCCGAGAUCGAGGCUGCUCAGGCCACGGAGGCGGGCCCAUCGGAUUUCUUGGGCUCAUCCCGUUUGGAGGAUGAUAAUGAAGGAGAUGGAGAUCCUGAGCUCUUUGGUCUCUCGGGUAUAGAUGACGAGGGAGGUAUAGAGGGACAAGUCGAGAACCGGUCGGAAAAAGAGCCUGAAGAGGACAGCGAAGACUUCGAAGACAGCAGCGAAGAGGCCGACGAUGACAAAGAAGACGGAGACUUUGGGGAGUCUCUCCCUGUGAAGGGCAAGCGCUCGCAAGGUACCCUGAAGAAAGUCUCACGACCGUCUCAGAAGCAGCUUGGAAAGCGACCUGCCAAGCCCACUCCAGUUGAAGCCAAUACCCAGCCCCCCAAGUCAAAGCUUCGAAAGACUGGGGUUCCGAUCUGGCCGACGACUAUCAUCACCACUGGUACCGCCGGACCGAGUCUACGACAGGUUAUGGAAGAGAUGGGCCAGAUCCUGACGACAGACGCUGAGCGUCAAGAGUAUAUGCAUCUCGUGUGGACGCGUCGUCGAGCCGCCGAGGAAGACAAGGAUGCUACCGCCGAACAAGCAGUACUUCAUGACCUAGAGACCUUUGUGCGUAAUCACGGCAUCGUGGACUUGCACAACCGGUGGGCACGAUGGAUGGAGUCUGGCGUCAAGACUGCCAUGCCCAUGUAUAAACCGGCAGGAACUGGUGUGAUGGAUGCGGAGGAGCGGAAGACGAUGUUCGAGAGGAAGAAAAGGGUGCGUCGGGGCUAG